CACUCUUCUUGGCCCGAAACAACAAGUUUGGGCACAGCCUAUGGCCCAAAAUUAUGAACCCGAAACCUUAGUCCAAAUUCCAAAACAAGUCAAUUCAAUUUCUUACAAAAGCUCGACCCUACCCGUGAUUACUGUUGCUCUUCAUUUAUCAAUCGACUAAUAAAGGUUGCGGCUAGGCCUUCGCCUUACCUACCAAAAAAAAAAAUGAAUCGAGUUAGCUCAACCAGAUCUCUCACCAUAACUCCAAUUCAGCCGUCCUAAUCGAAGAACGAGUUAAAAAUUGUUGGCGUAAAACGUAAAAAACCAGCUGCAAGUUACAAUAAGCAGCACGGCCGCACCUUUUAUAUACACUAUUUAUUCGUAGAGACAAAACCAGACCUACUCCAGCAAUUCUUGUGUCCAAUCUACUCGCGUUUUUUAGGCGCGUGAUUUCUUGUACAUCCUAUAAUUCCAAAAAGAAUUUUUGCCCACAUAUUUUUUUUUUUAAAAUUUAAUUUAUUAUUAUCAUCAUCAAAUAUAAACUCACCCAAAAAAAAAAAAAAAAAAAAAAAAUGGAAGAAAGGGUCCUUCCUUCCUGGUCUCCUUCUCUGCAAUAAUCUCGUCAAGUUGCCUUAAAAACACAGAGUUUUACACAGAUUUUCCAGCUUUCUCUCUUCUGUAAAGUGCAUGUACUUUGCUUCUUCUUCCAUGGUAAUGUUUUGUGCUUAAUUUAUUGGUUUUUUUUUUUUUUUGGUGGGGGUUGGAAAUUAUCCAGAAAUUUGAUCAACUCUGUUAAAAAAUUCGAUCUUUAUUUGGUUUUUGAUCUGGGGUUGGUUUAAAUUUUUCUGGGGUUGCUUCAAUUUUUGCUGAAGAAUAAGGUAUUGAGGUAUCUUAAUUUGGUGGGGUUUUUGUUACUGUUCUUGGGUUACUGUUCAUUUGGUAAUCUACCUUGUGUUUUUUUUGUGAUUUUAUUUGCUAUUAUAGAGAUUGAGAAUUGGUGAUUUGACUCAUUAAGGUUUGUUCUGAAUUCUAAUUGUAUAUAAAUAUUCAUAUGUGUGUGCUUUUUUAGCAUUUGAAUAUUUUGUUCUUUUGGUAGUUUAGUUUCCAUUUGUGGUUAAGAAAAAUAGAGGAAGUGUAGUUUGUGUGCUUUAUUGAAGAUUAAGAGGCAAAAAAAGGGGUUUAUAUGAUUGCAUAGCUAAUAAUUAAAUUGGAGUUGAGGUUUUGAAAAAUGCAAAGAGUGAGGGUAUCUUCAAAGCAUUCACCAGUUUUUAAGCUUGGUGAUUCUCAGUUGUCAUUAUCCCCAAAAUUUAGAGUAGCAGCAAUAAAAUCACACUUAGUGGAUCCCUCCUCAGAUUUGGAGUUAGCUAUAAAAGGGCAGCCCUUAAUACCAGGACUUCCAGAUGAUGUUGCUCUCAAUUGUCUGUUAAGGCUUCCUGUUCAAAGUCAUGGUUCGUGUAGAGCGGUUUGUAAACGAUGGCAUUUGUUGCUCGGUAGUAAGGAACGGUUUUUCAGUCGGAGGAAGGAGUUAGGGUUAUGUGAUCCUUGGUUGUUUGUGUUAACCUUUCACAAAUGUACUGGGAAAAUACAAUGGCUUGUUCUUGACCUUACUCAUUUCACAUGGCAUACCAUUCCUGAAAUGCCUUGUAGGGAUAAAGUUUGUCCCCAUGGGUUUAGGUGUGUCUCUGUACCGAGUGAAGGAACACUCUUUGUCUGUGGUGGUAUGGUGUCUGACAUGGACUGCCCCCUCGAUGUUGUCUUGAAAUAUGAAAUCCACAAGAAUCGAUGGACUGUGAUGAAUCAGAUGAUAACAGCUCGAUCAUUUUUUGCAAGUGGAGUGAUUGAUGGAAUGGUUUAUGUGGCAGGAGGGAAUAGUGCAGAUCUCUAUGAGCUUGAUGCAGCUGAGGUUUUGGAUCCUGUCAGGGGGUGUUGGCACCCCAUUGCUAACAUGGGAACAAAUAUGGCCUCAUAUGAUGCAGCUGUUCUUGAUGGGAAGCUUCUUGUGACUGAAGGCUGGCUGUGGCCUUUCUUUGUUUCGCCUCGGGGUCAGGUUUAUGACCCUAUAAAUGAUAACUGGGAGAAUAUGGCAGUUGGACUAAGGGAAGGAUGGACUGGCUCAAGUGUUGUUGUUUAUGGGUGUUUGUUUAUUGUCUCAGAACAUGAAAGGAUGAAGCUUAAGGUCUAUGAUGGAAAUUCUGAUUCAUGGGAUACUGUGGAAGGCCCGCCUUUACCGGAACAAAUAUGCAAGCCUUUCUCUGUAAAUUCCUAUGAUUCCAAAAUCUAUGUUGUUGGUCGGGAUCUUCAUGUAGCGGUGGGUCAGAUUUUGAAAGUGAACCUAGAAGAAGGCCAUUCUGAAAAGAAAUUGAGCUUUGCUGUUCAGUGGCAUGUUGAAGAUGCUCCUAUGGCAUUCUCUGAUUUGACUCCCUCAAGCUCCCAGGUUCUCUUUGCAUAGCUUGUUUGUUUCCGUUGUCACUCUUGUUAAAUUAUUUGUAAUGAUAUGUAACUGUUGAGAUUGUAGAGUUGUAAUUGCUCCUUCGAGAAAGGUCUGUUGUUUAAAUCUAUACAAAGGUGAAAUUUAUGAGUUGACAAUAUGUGUAGUUACAAAACUUCUUAAGUCUUUAAUAUUUAUCCAUCAAACACAUACCAUAAUCUUUCUAGAAAUUUGGUGAUGUGCAUUCGUCUCAUCAUCUCCCUUCCAUGUACUCAAAGCUAUGGAUGAGCUAUGAUAGGACAUACAAUUAUCUUGCCAAACUCUCUACUAACUCUUGUAAAACAUGUAUGAAGUGUAUGAUAAAUUAAUGAGGUAGCUGUCAGUCAUAUUGCUAUCUGCUAAGUUUUACAUUCAUGAUAUUCUUGUAGUCUGUAGAUGUGCCCAUUGAGACCAUUAAGAUUUAGUCCAGUUCUAAAUUAACUUUGAGUUGCUUCCCCCCACCCCUACUUUCAUCAGUCUAAUUUUCUCUUACAUACUUUGUAUUAGUUUAGGAGUUGAUUUGUUAUUAUUUAAAUGUCAUGGGAACAAAUGGGAAAAAAAAAAACAUCAAUGAAACAGGAGGUGAAGAAACUAUGAUUAGAAGUAACAAGAAAUUAUUUGCUUUUCUAUGAGCCAAUUCAUCGUUUGUAAGUUUUGAACAUAGCCAUUGGCCUCCCAAUGCAUUCAAAAUCUUGUUGGCUAGUCCCUAGUGAAGCUAGCUGGGAGUUGAGCAAGCAUGGAUGGAAAGAAGUCGUGCUCGUGAUACUUUUCUCACUGGAAACAAAGGUGAGAACAUGACUUCGCUCCUUUUUUCUUUCAUUUCCAAAUUGCUGUAGCUGAUGCAGCACAACUGUGGCUAAUGAUUAAUGAUAUUCAAGAUUCACUGGUAUAGGAUAGAUUAAUAGAUGUUCAAGUAUUAUUGCAAGCGAUUAACCCACCAAGGGAAACUGCAUUUGCUUUUAGCUAGGCCAAGCAUGGUACAUGUGCCUUUCUAGCUAUGCUAUAUUUGUCAUCUUUAUUGAAACACUAGCCUUCUUUCUUGUUCCUUGUAAUCCUUGGACUCUAUCGUCAAUAUCACAAUUAUCUUUAUGUGUUAUCAGUGUUUUGCUAUUUUUUACUGACGUCUGCAUAUACUAUCUUCUAUAGUCUGAAAUUUUUUAUUUUGUAUUAAUUGAUCCCAUAAAUAUUAUCUUUGCUGGUGCUGAUUCAAUGAUGUGGUCACUGGGACUUGCAAAAGGUCCAACUGUCAAAGUGUCUUGUAUGUGAAUGUAUAACUUCUUCUGGUUGUUAGUUGUGGGCUUUAACAUAUCAUAAUUGAAAGAAGAUGCUGUCUGUCAGCUCAUUGACAUUCAUUGGUAAUGUGCUAAGAUGAGCUCAGAAGAUUCAAAUACUUUGAAAGAUCAGAUUCCUUGGAAGCUUUAGGUUAGAUUUUAGAAACUGGGUGAAUGAGCCAUCAUUCCCCUGAUACUUGUCGUCGUCAUUCACUAGGAUCCAUUUUUCCUGUUUGCUUUUCCUUUCAGUGCUAAUAUAGUAAUAUUGCUAUCUCUAAGCAAUUUUUUCUCCUCGGAGACAGUUAGUGAGACAUUAAAUCUACUCCAUUACCCCCUCUGUUUCAAUUUCAUCACUUUUGUAUCUGAUUAUAAAUAUUUCAGGUCCUACACAGUGGGACAGUAGAGUCAUUUCAUGUUUUUAGAAUUGCCUACUAAGACAUUGACAAUGAAUGUGUUUUAUAUCAUAUCAAGUGUGGACUUUUAUUGCAUGAAUACACAUUUGUGGCAUCAACUGUCGUCAUUAUGGAUUUAGAGCCUGCUUCAAAAGCAUGUGUGAGUUGCAUCCUUUAACGAGAGCAAUCAUAACUCAAUUUCUCAGCUGCUAUUGAAUAUUCUAGUCCAGCUAAUGUAUACGAGUCCUGUUUAUGUUCCUCUAAAAAAUAUCAUUUAGUACUAAUUAUAAAUGAUUACGCUAUGCUGAUUUUUGCUUUCAAUAUUUCUGCAUUUCUUCAUGGAAAUUGGUUUACUGUUUAUCGUGUGUUGCAGUCCUCUUUUUACAUAUAAUAGAAGGGACCUCGGUGUUUAUGCAUAAAAAUUAAUAAAAAAAUGUAGAGGCACUCUGAUGAUCUUGGAAAUGAAUCUCUCAUUUUUAGUGCUCCUACUAGCUAAAAGUUUAUCUGCUCUGUUUAUCUUGUGUAGCCUUUUGUCCUCUGUAUCUGUAAAAUUGGCUUUUCAAAGUAUUACCUGUUCAUCAUUUUUCCUUAAAUCAGAACUUUGUUAGCUUUCCUGUUAUUUCUCCUCUAUAAAUGGUUAGUCAAUGCUCUGGUUAGGGUUAGAAGCCUGAUAUCUGACAAAAACAAAGGUAGUCACUUAGCUGAGUUCUUCAUAAUACAUCUGUUAAAUUUUCUGGCAGGUUUAGUUGCUGAAUCUGAUGAUAUAAUAGGUCGUUACAUGGAAGAUAUCUUGUACUCCUGAUGGAACAAGAAGGGCAGUACUGAAAAAAAUAUAUUAUGGUUGGUAUCAGUUAUCAAUUCCUUUAUUCAUAUGUGGGCAAUGAAUUCACCUUGGAUCGCAGCAGCACUAACAAGCCCACUGCGAUUGAUCACGAACUGUUUGAUGCCUUUGGAUACAGAAGUAACCCAGAUCAAGAGUAUAAUGACAGCAAGGGUUAUAUUAUGGCAAAUGGAAAAGAUUGUUAAGGUUGGAAAGCGAGGGUUCAUGUCUGGUGAAUGAUCACACUACAAGGCACAGGCAGUCAACUUCAGACAAAAAAUUGUUUGGUAUGGGGUGACAAAGGGCGAAGCCUAACUAGUGAAAUUUUGGUUGGUUUCAUGUUGGGCUUAGAGUUAAAUUACUCUCAUUCGUUUGGUUACGUUACUAUCCUAUUUUACAUCUGUACCUGUUUUGUAGUGAGGAUUGAACUCUGUUGGAGUGACAUGGACUGUUGAAGCAAUUGCUACAGGCCUACAGCCUACAGUAUGUGACCUCUCUCCUGUUGCUGGUGCUGACAUUCAAUACUUUCAGAUGGCAUUAUAUUGGUUACGUACACAAAGUUGUAAGCAGAUAGAAAUGAGUGUAUUAUGUUUCCUGUUCCUUGUGUUGACAGUCAAUACUUUCGGAUGGCAUUGGUUACGCACACAAAGUUGUAAGCAGAUAGAAAUGAGUGUAUAAUGUUAAAUCCGACUAUGGUGGUACCUCUCAACUUAUUUUUUCCAUAGACAGCUGUUAGGCUAGGAAUCUUGGUCGGUCUAUUUUAGUGUGCUGUUUAUUCAGUGAUUCUCUAAGUCUUAUGGAGUUUGAUACUCCCUCAUUUGAGACUGAUGCAAUGGAUGUCAUACAUAAAAAUAAUGACGGCAUGAAGGUAAAUUCAAGACUGGGAACCUAAAUUAUAAAUCAGUUGACGUUGCGAAGAAAGAGCAGCAAGGCCAUUGUCAAGCUACGGAGUACAGUAUUGAUUAAUAUCACAUUUAUGCCUAUCUUAAUCCGUAUUUUAAUCAUUCAGGAUUUACUUCAUAGUAAUGAUGCUGUAAUGUAUGUGUGAAGGAACGCGCUGAACAUAGUUCAAACUUAAAUUAGCAAUGGUAAUAAGAAGCCCUAUCAAUGGUAAUAUUUUUUUUU